UGUGUGUGUGUGUGUGUGUUUGGAAAAGCCGAAUUAUUACCAUUUUGUUUCGGUUUGAGCCAUUGACUUUUUUUUAUAACAUUUGUUAUUUCAACCAUGGAUUGAUUGCAAAUAUUUCCUUUGUAUAAUCAUCGUAUGAUCAAAAAAAAAAACAAUCAUAGUACAACUGUAACGACACCGGUAAGUUGCUAUUGUGAUUUGCUAAUCUAAAAAAAAUAAAAGUGUCCAUGCAACUUUAUUUAUACCACGCUUUUAAUCGUAAAUGGACAAUAAUUUUCAUUUUUGAUUGACCUAAAUUCAAUUUGAACAUUGUGAACAAAACAACAACAACAACAUUGAUGUGAACGUAACAGUUUGAAAUGGCUAUUUGAUUUGCUUCUUUAUGGUAAAAUCGAUCCAUUUUUCCUACAUAUUUAUUUACUUGUUUAUCGGUUUAUAAAAAACAAGAUUAUAAGUUGUUUCUCACCACCACCACCACCACCGCUAUCGUCAUUAUCAUCAUAAUCGAUUGAUAAUUGCAGUUAUGAUUGUAAUUGUAAUAUGAUUUCCUAUUAUGAUAACGAUUCCUUUUUUAUUCAUUAAAAUCAUUGGAACGGCAAAAGAAAUAUUCUCAUUGAUGGAAAAAUGAAAAAGUUCUACAUUUAAAACAUUUACAAUGAAUCAUUUUACACUUGAUUUUGGCUUUGCUCGAAUCGAUUGACAUUCACGGGUGAUUUAUUUUUUUACGACACAUCAUUUUAAUUGUAUUUUACUGUCCACUAUUGGUUUUAAUCGACAAAUAUUUGCUUUUUAUUUCUUCCAAAAAGCAAAUUUAAGCUCUGCUGUUGUUCACAGUAAGAUGAGAUAAUUGCCGUAGGUGAAAAAAAGAUGAAGCUACGCAACAACAAAAAAAAAACACUUUGUACAUGAUCAUCAUCAACAAUACCCGGUUCAGAUGAUGAUGAUCGAAACAUAGAAUUCAAGUUCACUGAACCGACCGAUGGUAUAAUGAUGAUGCUGAUGAUGAUGAAAAUUAUCAAGUGCAAUCAUCGACGAUUAUCUUUGGUCAUCAUAUCAUAUUAUCAUAUUUUUGUCAUGAUAUACAUAAACCUAAACCUAUCCCAUAUUCAGAAUUUUGUCCAUACAUCAAUUGGUUUUUUUCUCUCAUCCCGGUCUCUGAAUAUAUAUUUUUUUCUGGCUGUGAUAUCCGUCCACCUUUUUCAUUAUUAUUCUCUUUCGAAAUAUUUUCAAUCUUUUCGCUUUCGUAUUCGAUCUGGUCAAUGUUCGCUUGUUUAUUAACAACAACAACAACAACAAAAUGGCUACAUAUCAACUGUUGCCCACCUCUUCAUCAUCAUCAUCAUCAACAUCAUCAUUACAUUCACAUCAAUCUCAAGCUCCUGUACAGCAACGAAAAGCCUUAUCGUUUACGAUAUUGAUCUUGAUGGUGGCCACGGCUACAUUAAUCACGAUAAUCCGUUUCACAGUCAAUCCAAAUCUAAAUGGCCAAACAUUUGUACAACCAACAAAUGCUUUCGCCAUUUAUCGAGCUCAAAUGUUGGCUGUCAAACAACAGCAGCAGCAACAACAACAACAGGAUAACCACCAAAAACGUCCAUCAUUGGAAUAUUCGACCUCUGACCGGCAGCCUGAUAGACCUGGAAAACAAAUACCAACUGGCUCUCAAAUCGAUGGCCAUAAAUUCAAUACUGUUCUAUCUAGGGAUAAUCCUACAUCGAUUCAGGUAGUCAAUCUGGACAAAAACAUCAAUAUGAAAUCUGAACACGUGAAUGAAAAAACGAAACCAAUGCCAUUACAAUCAUCAUUUCUCAAUUCUAAUAAUGCCAACAUUAUCCCUUCAUCAUCAUUGGUUCAAGAUUUAAAAUUAAAUUCAAAUCCAAUUCAACCAUACUCAGUAUCGCCAUCUAGUAAAAGUGUUACUAGUCUUAUGGCUGAUCAACGUUUCGAGAAAGAUUAUCGCGAUGAUCCAGUAACCAUGAGUACCACAGGUUUAAAUCUGAAAAAAUCUCGGCCAAAACCUAAAGCCAUUUUUGAUCGAAAUGAUUUAGCAGAAACAGAACGAAUGAGCAUCGAUAAAGAAGAUGGCUGUGGUGAAGAAAAUGGAGCUUAUGCAGAUCUACUUGUUCUGGUCAAUUCUGCAGUAUUCAAUUUCGAUGCUCGAUCAGCGAUCCGAGAAACUUGGGGAAAAUUUGCCGUUGAACGUGGAGCAUAUUUUUACUUUCUUCUUGGAUCUACAGAAGAGCAACAAAUUCAAGAAUUAGUUGAAGCAGAAGAUUUUAAAUAUGGCGACAUACUUCAAGGAGCUUUUUAUGAUGAUUAUUAUAAUUUAACAUUGAAAACGAUCACCAUGAUGCGAUGGGUUUCACAAAAAUGUUCAAAAAUUCGUUACGUAUUGAAAGUGGAUGAUGAUAUGAUGAUGAAUAUGCAGCAUGCAUGUGAUUUUACUGAAAUCAAUCCCAAUUUUCAUAAAGUUAUCAUUGGAAAGUUGGCCAAAAAAUGGAAACCACAUCGAUACAAAUCAUCAAAAUGGUACGUGCCAUAUGAAGCAUAUAAUCAGACAUAUUUUCCCAAUUUCGUAACGGGACCAGCUUAUUUCUUUACCGGUGAUGCUGCAAAACCAUUGUAUGAAACAAGUGUAAACAAAACAAUUCCAUUUUAUUUGGAAGAUGUUUAUAUGACCGGAAUUGUUGCUGAAACGGCUGGUAUAAAACGUUACAAUCAUGCAAUGAUGCGUAAUGUUCAUCUUAAAUUGGAUAGCUGUACUUAUCCAAAAAUUAUGACAAGUCAUAAACAUAAACCGAAUGAAAUUCGUGAAUUAUGGAAAUCAUUGUAUAGUGGACAGAAAUGUAUCAAAACCAAUACGGUUACACGUACAACACCUAAAUCAAAGAUUAUCAUUACCAAUAAUACCAACAUUGGUAGUAAAUCCGAUCCUUCAUCAUCAUUAGUGGCCAAAAAUCCAUCGAAAUCAUCAUCAACCUAAGAAGCUUCUUGUAAUUUAGUCAUUCUUUUUUGCUAUUUUUUUUUCAUUCGAAUAUGAAAGAAAAAAUUAUUUAUUGAUUCUUUUUUCAUUAACAUUUUUUUUCACACAUUCUCUACCAUGAUAUGUUUCUGUAUGUGUAAAUAUAAUUAUAAUUAAAUAAAAUUUUCAUAAUAAAUAAA